CUCCUUUUUGCGGCGCGUUCUUUCCUUUGGCAGCGUGUUCUGAUCCUCAAUUCCACCAAGGGAGAAUGGAAGAGAGCCGGAGUGUCGCGUCGGGAUCGGGCGCCGACACGGUGCGCAGCUUCGAGCGCUGGAAGAACAGAUACGCCAAGCGCAAAGACAAGCUGCGGCAACGGCGCAAACAAAAGAAACCGGCGUGGGAAGUGGAGAGGGAGUCGAUCGCCGCUUUGGAAAGGCGCUACUCGGAGAUAAAUACAAAUGAAGUUACAAGAUUUUCUGAUUUCCCAAUAUCCAGGAAAACUCUGAAAGGCUUACAGGAAGCUCAAUAUCGCAUGGUGACUGAAAUCCAGAAGCAGACCAUAGGUUUGGCUUUACAGGGUAAAGAUGUUCUGGGAGCUGCCAAGACAGGAUCCGGCAAAACCUUGGCUUUCAUUGUACCUGCUCUAGAAAUUUUAUACCGACAGCAGUGGACUGCCAUGGAUGAACUGGGCGUUUUGAUAAUAUCUCCUACCAGAGAAUUGGCUUACCAGACAUUUGAGGUCCUGCGUAAAGUGGGGAAGAAUCAUGAAUUUUCUGCUGGUUUGAUCAUUGGUGGAAAGGACUUGAAACAAGAAUCAGGCAAAAUCCAUAAUAUGAACAUCCUCAUUUGUACUCCUGGUCGUCUUUUACAACACAUGGAUGAAACCUCAUAUUUCCAUGCCUCUAAUCUUCAAAUGCUGAUUCUUGAUGAAGCUGAUAGAAUUCUGGACAUGGGCUUCGCUGAUACCAUGAAUGCAAUUAUAGAGAACCUUCCUAAAAAACGGCAGACCCUCCUUUUCUCAGCCACGCAGACCAAAUCCGUGAAGGACCUUGCUCGGCUGAGCUUGAAGGAUCCAGAAUACAUCUGGGUGCAUGAAAAAGCAAAGUUCAGUACUCCAGCAACCUUGGAACAGAACUACAUUGUUUGUGAACUGUACCAGAAAGUCAAUAUGCUGUACUCUUUUCUGAGGAGUCACCUGAAUAAGAAGAGUAUUGUAUUUUUUGCAAGCUGUAAAGAGGUUCAAUAUUUGUUUAGAAUAUUUUGUCGCCUUCGUCCGGGUCUUCCUAUACUGGCUCUUCAUGGGAAACAGCAGCAGAUGAAAAGAAUGGAAGUUUACCAGGAUUUUUUGCGCAAGAAAUCGGCAGUUCUUUUCGCUACGGAUCUUGCAGCUCGUGGGCUAGACUUCCCUGCUGUGAACUGGGUCAUUCAGUUUGACUGUCCGGAAGAUGCAAAUACAUAUAUUCAUAGAGUUGGGAGAACAGCCAGGUACAAAGAAGGUGGUGAAGCUCUCCUCGUUUUGCUGCCUUCAGAGGAAAAUGGCAUGAUUCAGCAGCUGUCACAGAAGAAAGUUCCUGUCAGCAAUAUCAAAAUCAAUCCUGAGAAACUUUUAGAUGUCCAGAAGAAACUGCAGUCCUUAUUGGCUCAGGAUCAAGAUUUGAAAGAACGGGCACAACGGUGUUUUGUUUCUUACCUGCGAUCUGUCUACCUAAUGAAGAACAAAGAAGUAUUUGAUGUGUUAAAGUUACCCAUUGCUGAAUAUGCCCUCUCUCUUGGGCUUGCAGUGGCCCCUCGUGUACGAUUUCUCCAGAAAGUCCAGAAGAAACUGCAUACAACGGAGCCUGAAAAAGAGGGGAUGGAGCAGGCUGAGGACACACAGUUUUCUUUAAGUGAUGAGGACUUAGAGAAAUGCAGGAGAAUUUUCUCUAAAGCAGGCAUGUUGGGACAAAAAGAGACAGAGGGCCUCUCUGGGCAAAGCAGUCCCGUUGAAGAACCAUUGCAGAGUCCGCCUGAGCCAAAAGAGCCGGCAACAGUCCAUGAAUCAAAGCUUGAAAGCUUAAAUUUUUUCGAUGAUGAUGAUGACGAUGAUGCCUCUAAGGACGUGCUGAUUGUAAAACGGCGAAAUGUAUUUGGCUUAGAACCAGAAGAGAAAGCACCAUUGGUAACACAGAAUGCAAAACUGAAGAAGAAAAUAACCAAAACAAAAGAAGCUAAAAAGGUUUUGAAGAGAAAUUUUAAAGUAAAUACAAAAAUUGUAUUUACUGAUGAUGGAGAGUUAAUUCAGCAGUGGCCACCAGCACAAAAGUCUAUCCUGGAUAAAGAGGAAGACGGUGAUGAUUGUAAUGGGAUCAAUCUAGACAAAGCAAAAGACAGACUUGAGGAAGAGGAUAAAUUUGACAAAGAAGAAUAUAGGAAGAAAAUUAAAGAAAAACACAGGGAAAAAAGGCUUAAAGAAAAGGCAGCUAGAAGAGAAGCCAGGAAGAUGAAUGCAAAGAUUGAAGAGGACAUUGUAGCUGUUCUGGAUCACAGUGACAGCGAUGAGGAAUUUGAUCCAAGUACACUUCCGGAUCCAGAUGGAUACAAAGAUGACAAACAAGAAAUUUUUCCAAAAAGCCACAGCAAACGUGGAAUGGAUAAGCGGCGGUUGGACGGAAGCAAAUCAUCAGUGGAAACACCACAAAAGAGGAAGAAGAUGAAAGUCAACCAAGAGGAUUCUUUGCUACCAUUAGAUACAGGUCUUUCCCUUGCAGAAGAUGAAGCAUUAGUAUUACAGUUGCUCAACAAUUAAAUCUCUUGUUUUCCCCUUGGCAAUGUUAUUCCAGUUAUUUUUAUCUUUAUUAAGCAAAGACAAGGUUAAAUGAAUGCCAAAAAAUAUCCAUGUGUAAACAUCUGAAAGUAUAGAUUCUCUGAUGGGUUCUUCAUGACUUCUUUAGAUCCUAGGUAUACUCCGUUAUGAAAGUUGUAAAUGUCUUUGUCAGAUCUUUCAAUAGUUGUUUUCUAAGAUGCCAGGAGUUGUUUUUUUGGUUUUUUUAAAAUGUAAUAAUUCUUUGUACAGAAAUCUUUGAGUAACCCAGAAGGAUAAAUCCUUCCCAUCUUGGGGUAAGUUUUAUAAGGUAAAAUGACCAAAAUUGAAUGGAUACCCAUAAAAUAUUUUAAAUAUUUAUAUAAAAAUACUUUUUUUCCCAAAAUAAGAAAAGGUUUGACUUUAAUUUUCCUUAAAGCAUUUACUUGAUAUUCUCAAUGUUGAUAUAAAUUCUCCUUGCUUUUGCUUUCUAGUCAACUAUCAAUAAAUCAAAAUACAAAUAAUUCUUCUUAUGGGGUAUUUCCAGAUUUUUAUCUUUCAAGUAUUCCAUUUCAAUCACUAAAUAACGUUCCAACAGUGUACAUUUUUCAACAUCGUUAGCAGGAAAAAAAUAUGCACGUUGAAAUGUGUUCCACAGGAGAAUAGAGCUCAGCUUCUGCUGCAGACUUUUCUAAAUGCAAGUAGUUCUCAAGUUAGGACCCUAAUUGACCAAAUGACCAAAAUUUCUGUCACUAAAUGAAAUAGUCAUUAGGCAAAACACCAUUUAUCAACGGCAGUUCCAGUAUUGUUGGGGCAAUAUGCUGACUCUGUAAACCACUUAGAGAGGGACUGUAAAAGCACUAUGAAGCAGUAUAUAAGUUUUAAGUGCUAUUGCUAUUCCCGGUUGUUGAGCCAGGUCUACACCAUCAUCAUGCUUCUCCUGUCUGCCACACUCACUUCUGCUAUAACUCCUCCCCUUCUCAGACCUUACAGACACCCUGCACUCUGCUGCCCCUUGACAGCCCCAGCUGACCUGCACUCCUCCCUCUGUUGGUGAGGCAUUACCAACCUGGCCUUUUGCGAAGGAGCCUGAAGGAGCCAUGAGGCUGCACAGAGGCUUUAUGGCUCUUGUACAAAAGGGCAGCAAUUACCUUAGCACACACUAAGCACGUGUGCUGCCCUGCUCCGCCACCCCUCCACACAGAUACAGCAAGAGUUCUACAAGUGUUUAAUCAAACCCCCCUCCCCAAAGGUCCUCGGAAAGCACCCCUGUUGCACGAGCUCAACAUGGCAAGAGUCACUGGGUAACCGAGUUCAACAGAUACCCAAAAAGUCCAGGAAAGCAGUCCACAGUUCGAAUGGGUCAGGAAAGAUGGCACAAGCACACAAGGCAUGGAACUGGGCAUGUUGCUCCAGCAACGCUCAAAUCCUCAGGGUGGGAUUAAAUAGGCAACGCUGGUGCAGCCCUUCAUGAGAGGUGAAGUUGUCUCCUCAUGAGUAGUCUAGCUGACCCAUCAUUGUGUCUGUCUCCGCUCCAUUCUACAUGUCUUUGGAUCAGGAGGAGGGGUGGACUCCACCUUGUCCUCAGUGCUAACAGGUAGUAGCUGCUCCCGGUUCUUGCCUGGAGCCUCCUGGCCAAUUUGCUGCAGCUGUGGCUCACCUCUCUCAGCCUCAGCCUGUCACUAGUCUGAUCGACCCAGCUGAGGCUGCUCCAUCAGGCUAGUAUGCUCUGAGCCCCAAACCUGAUCAAUACUCUGCUCUGCACUUUCCUCUACAGACUCAAACUUGCCUUCCUCCUCUCAACUCAUGUCUGGAGAGGGGUCCGGGCUCCUGUUGUCAGCAACAGGAAAAACAAGAUGGAGAAGGUCAGCUGUGGUGGCAGCAGGCAGGUUGCCAAGGGGGCAGGGUGGAGGGCAGGGCAGUCAAAAAGGCAGAGAUGAGAAAAGACAGGCGGGUGGGGAAUAUACAGUAUAUUAUAUUUUAUAUGGCGUAACAGAAUACAGCAUUAGUGCAUAAAAAUUCUCAAAAAUGUGAGCAAAAUACUAAACACCCAAUUAUUUUAAAAGUACACAGUAUGAGUGAGGAAUACAAUUAUGAAUAACAUUAAAUUAUGUAUGAGCAGUUACUAAAGUACUAAAAGCGUGACUAAACCCAUGGCCCAGAUAUCUAGAUCAUUUAGCCAUUGGACAGCAGUGCCCUCAAAAUGAUGUUAUUUUAUGCAGAGGUCCAGGGAAUCUUCUGAGGGGACUUUCUGUUGCAAUAGGAUGUACAGUUGGUGGAAUGUUCCCAUAGUCAAAAGUUAGGAUUAUCAACCAGCCCCCAUUUAUAUUUCCAAUAUUAGGAACUGCCGUGGUUGGUUCGAAUUCAGUUGAGCGUUUGUCCAGAUUUUCCUUAGGAAAUCAAAGCCAAAGGGGCGUUGUACUAAAUCAGACACUAAAUUAAACCUGUGUUAGAAUUUGCCCACUCCUGGCACCAUAUUAUCUCAAUGUCAAAGCCUUCUCUGAUUAAUUGCUGUCCAAGUUUCCACAGAGGAUUCCAAGAAUUGCGUCUUAAGAAUUUGAUUGUGGCAGUUCUUGUGUACAAGUAAUAAUUGGUUUGUCUCACAUUUUUGCCACUCUCUUUUUAAAUUAUUUUCUGAUUAUUUUCUAAGAUGUGGGGGUGAUAAUUUAAAUAAUACCAGUAGCCAUAGUCCUGCAGUUGUAAAUGUGAAUGGGUUACCAGCAUUUUUUAAAAAAUUAGGUUAUUAAAUUAUGGGACCCAUACACAUUUGCAGUGGUCCUAAGUUCGUGAACUGGUUAUAUGUACCAUUUGUUUAGUACCAUCAUAAUUUCAAAUAGUUGCUGAGUAAUUGUUACGUAAGGACUACAUGUAUACCAAAAAGUAAAGCAAUCUCAUAAAAUAAGGCCACACAUGUUUUUUAAAUAAAUAUCUAUGCCAUGUAGUUAGAAACUUGUAGUCCUUUUGCUUGGUAUUUACUUUAUUUUGUUUAUUUAUUUAAAUACAUGUACAUUAUAUGUACAUUAUGUACAUUAAUGUUUAAAUACAUUAAACAUUGCACAAGAGGGAUUGGUUGUU